AUGAAUGAUUCAACUCAAUCUGUGCUAAGGAAAAACUUAUCGUCGAAGUUGAAAAGAAUCGACUCAGAAAUGUCAAAUCUUCGAUUAAAUGAUUUAGAUGGAAAUGGACAUAUUCUAAACGAUGCUGACAGACUGGCAGACUUAGAGUCACGCAUACCAUUAGAGACCCAUGAGCCUGAAGACCAUUACUUUAAAGGUGAUUAUCGUUCAUACUGGCAGAGGAAAUUUAAAACUCAUUAUAAGGUAAUAAUAUAUCUUCUAUUUUUUCUGAUGUUUUUGUUAACCAUUAAGUUUUUUGCAAUCACUUUUACAUCGAAUGACUUUGAAGGUGAAAAUGACUUCGGCAGUAAUGAUAUAAACAGAAGAUCAUUUGAUAUAGAAAAUACGAUGAACGGUGAAUUUGUUAUCUCGGAAACAUUAUUCAAAUUUAUCAGACCUCCAAAACAAUUAUUGAAGCAUGAACAGGAUCCUGGGUUAUAUUACACUACUGAAAUUCAGGAAGAUGGUUCACAUUUAAUAAAAGCAGGCCAACUUUACAAUAAAGAAUUUAAUAAGAAUAUCAUAGGAACAACUUUUAUAUAUGAAGGUAAUGAAUACCAGAUCCAUUCCAUCGAAGUGAAUUAUUCUGUAGAUACUGCAAUCUUAGGAACAAAUAUAAUUAAAAAAUAUAGACAUUCAUCGAUUGGGUUAUAUUUUAUUUAUUCAAUCGACACAAAUGUUAUUCAUCCAAUUCAUGUAGAUAAUACAGAUAAAGAAUGGGGAUUAUCUUAUGCACAUUUUUCACCUGCUUAUAAUUUCAUCUAUUUUGUUCAUCAAAACGAUUUAUACUUUAUGGAUGUGAAAGAAAGAAGAAUAACAAGAGUUUCCAGUAAUGGAAAUGACAUAGUAUUUAAUGGAAAAACCAGUUGGGUGUAUGAAGAGGAAGUCCUUUCUACUGAUGUAGCUGUGUGGUGGGCUCCAGAUGAUUCUAAAUUUGUUUUCGCAGAAUUUAAUGAGCUAGAUGUAAACUCAAUGACAUUUCAAUUAUACACAGAUCCGAACUUAUUGAAUAAAUAUUCAUCUAUAAAUUACCCAUUACCGGGUUCAAAGAACCCUACGGUCAAAUUAUUUUUAUACACCCUGAAUGAUAACGUUUUAUCAAAAUUAGAAAUUGGAGAAGGAACUCAGAAAUAUAAUAACGAUGUUCUUAUAUAUGAUGUUGCAUGGUUGACUCCAAAUGAGUUACUACUGAAAAUUUCUGAUCGAUCCUCCAAAGAAUUAGAGGUACUAAUAUUUAAUUCAGAGAAGAACUUGUUAACUAGAACAAGAACAGUAAACUCAUCUGCAUUUAAUGGCUGGAUCGAGAAGCAGAAGAAGAUUACCGUCAUUCCCCCAAAUAACGCGAUUGGAAGAAGAGAUUAUGGUUAUAUUGAUAUUCAACCUGACGAAAACGGUUUCAACCAUUUGUUUUUUUAUGCCAAGUUAACUUCGUCUUUGGGUCGUCAACUUACUGCAGGUGAUUGGGAGGUAACUGGUGCUGGAGUUGUUGGAUUUGAUUUUGAAACUAACACUGUAUUAUUCACAUCAAAUAAGGCAAGCUCAUUUUCACAACAUUUAUCCGGAACUAGGUUAGAUUCAAAUGAACCAUUAAAAAUAGAAUCAUUUCAGAACCCGGACGAUAUUUAUUCAUUUUAUGAAUUUUCAUUCAGUUCAAGUACAAGAUAUGUUAUUAGUAGAAAUUUAGGGCCCGGCGUACCAGUCACAAAUGUUGGUACUCUGAUGGAAGUAGUAGAAGAAGAUGAAUCAAAAUCUACAGCACUUUAUUUGUCUAAACAUCUAAAGUUAAAAGAGACAUUGAACAACUAUGAUUUACCAGUCAAGAGUUAUAAAACUAUGAAAAUGAACGAUGGUGUGGUAAUAGAUUACAUCGAGAUCAAACCUCUACAUAUUGAUUCUAAUAAAAAAUACCCACUACUUGUUAACGUAUAUGGCGGACCUGGCUCAAGGACAUUUGAUUGUAAAUAUGGUAUUGAAUUUGAAUCAACAGUAUCAUCAGGUUUGGAUGCAAUUGUUCUCCAGAUUGAACCUAGGGGAACAGGAGGUAAAGGUUGGGCAUAUAGGAGUUGGGCAAAAUUAAAAUUGGGCUAUUGGGAACCAUCUGACAUAAUUGAGGUAACCAAUAAAUUUAUACAAUCUAACAAAGCUCAUAUAAAUGAGGAUAAAGUAGCCAUCUGGGGAUGGUCAUACGGAGGCUUUUCUACUUUAAAAACAGUUGAGAUUGAUGCUGGUCAAACAUUCAAAUAUGCAAUGGCUGUCGCACCGGUUACAAAUUGGGCAUUGUAUGAUUCAGUGUACACGGAAAGAUACAUGAACACACCAAAAGAAAAUCCUAAAGGGUACAAUGAGAUUUCAUUAAUAAGAAAUAUUCAAAAUUUUGCCUCAUUGAAGAGGCUUCUCUUAAUUCAUGGAACUGCUGACGAAAACGUUCAUAUAAAAAACACAUAUACGUUUUCCAAUGCUUUAAAUACCUUUGGUAUUGGAAAUUAUGACUUACACAUUUAUCCUGAUUCUGGCCAUUCAAUUUCUCAUAAUAAUGAUCUUAAGAUGGUGUAUAGAAGAUUAUAUUCUUGGCUAGGCAAUGCAUUUACAGUCUAA